AUGCCGAUAUGGGACCCGCUUGUCCCCGUUGAACGCGCCAUCCAACGCAGUCUCGCACGUCUGCCCCCAGGAAUAAGUCACUGGUUGGGCUACCGAGCAAAGCCGCAGCCUACGCCUCCAACAUGGCUCGUUUGCGUCUGGGGGUUUAUCGGCGCGUUCUGUGGUCUUAGUUGUAUAUUGGCCAUCUUUGGACAUACAGAGUAUUUCACUCGGCGCGCUGUACCGCCUAUAAUAGCGUCUUUUGGCGCCUCAGCAAUCCUCUGCUACAACGCCAUCGACGCCCCCCUCGCCCAACCCCGCUCCCUAAUCUUCGGCCACUUCUUCUCCGGCCUCACCGGCGUCAUAGUCGCCACAAUCUUCCAAUUCGACCUCGAACAAAACCCCUACCCAGACCUACAAUGGCUCGCUGCCGCCCUCGCCACCGCAAUCGCCCUCGUUGUCAUGCACCUCACGAAAACUACGCAUCCGCCCGCUGGCGCUACCGCCCUGAUGCCGUGUGUAGAUCAGCAUAUUUGGGCACUGAGGUGGUAUUUCUUGCCGGUCUUGCUGCUUAGUUCGGCGGUGGUGUUGGGGACGGCGCUUGUGACGAUGAAUGUGCAGAGGCAGUAUCCGAAGUUUUGGAUUGCGCAGGUUCCGCCGCCGCCGCGGAAGACGGAGCCUGUGGAGAAAGUGGAGGUGAAGAAGGAGCAGGAGGACUCUGAUGUGGGGAGUCCGCAUAAUACGCUGAGGGAUGUGGAGAGAGGGCCGGCGUAG